AUGAAAGACUCGGAGAGCAACCACCGUGUUGCUCCGCUGGAAGACGAUGACUUUGGCUUCACCCAGGCCGAGCAGCGCAGCAUCAUCCGCCGCGUCGACCGCCGCUUGGUUAUCACGGUGGGGGCCAUGUACUGCGUCAGUCUCAUGGACCGGACGAACAUGAGCGCUGCCAAUAUUGCUGGCAUGAGUGUUGAGCUGAACCUCAUCAGCAACCGCUACAACAUUGCCAAUCUCGUCUUCUUCACUACCUACAUCGUUUUCCAACCACCCUCCACUAUCCUCGUCCGCAAAAUCGGUCCGCGGCUGCACCUUGCCUUCAUAACCCUCUUGUGGGGCGCCGUCAUGAUUGGCAUGGGCUUUGUCAAGGACUUUAAGCAGCUGGCAGCAUUGAGAACAGUGCUUGGUAUUCUAGAGGCUGGAUUCUUCCCGAGUUGCGUGUACUUGCUGAGCACAUGGUAUACACGAUAUGAGGUUGGAAAACGGUACUCUGCAUUCUAUCUUGUCGGCUGUGUCGCCUCCGCCUUUGCCGGUAUCUUGGCCUAUGGUCUCAUGCAUCUCAACGGCCGCGAAGGCCUCAGCGGCUGGCGCUGGAUCUUCAUCAUCGAAGGCACCAUCACCUGCGCCCUUAGCGUCGCCAGCUACUGGCUUCUCGUCGACUUCCCCGACUCCACGCGCCUCACCUGGAGCUUCCUCGGCCAAAAGGAGCGCCAAUGGAUCGUGCACCGCAUCCAGCGCGACCGCGGCGACACCGAGGCCCCGCCGUUCAACCUCAAGAAGUUCCUGAGCGCCGGAGCGGAUUGGAAGAUCUGGGCCUAUGCUAUGAUGUUCUUCAACAGCACCACCAUGACGUACUCACUGGCCUACUCACUGCCCCUUAUCCUCACGCGCAGCAUGAAGUUCUCCGUUGGUGAAUCCCAAUGCCUCGUCGCACCCCCUUAUGCAUUCACCGGCAUUGUCAUGUUCUCGGCCGCCUGGGUUGGCGACAAGCUGCGUGUCCGCGGCCCAAUCGUCAUCUUCAACAUGGUGCUCUGCCUCAUCGGCCUCCCCAUCAUGGGCUGGGCCGAACAGGCCGGCGUGCGCUACUUUGGCGUCUUCCUCGUCACGGCCGGCGCAAACAGCAACAUCCCCUCCGUCAUGUCCUUCCAGGCAAACAACGUGCGCGGCCAGUGGAAGCGGGCCUUUUGCAGCGCCACGCUCGUGGGCUUCGGGGGGAUUGGCGGCAUUGCGGGCAGCUUGGUGUUUCGGCAGCAGGACGCGGCGACGGGGUACAAGCCCGGCAUGUAUGCGUGCAUUGCCUGCGCGCUGCUGAACAUUGUCUUGGUGGUGGUGUGCGAUUUGAAUUUUUGGAGGCUGAACAGGAAGGCUGAUACGCAGGGUGUUACGCUGGAGGCUCACGAUGAGGACGCGAGUCCCGAUUUCCGAUACACUUAUUAA